AUGUUUGUCACGCAGCCCAUCGCAGAUUCUACCGUUGCCGCUGGCACGCUGAGACGGACUAGGGACCAACAGGAUGAUAGCCCAACGCCACUCGCCAAAGCGGUCAUUUCACUUCUCCGUCGCAGUCAGGAGGAACUGCCGCCUGCUGCGUUUGCACUACUCGGCGAAGCCUCGCAUAUUUCACUGCGGGAAUGGUUGUCGCGCCAGUACAACGAAGUUCUCCCUGGGGCAGGGAGUGCUUGGGAUAACGUGCUGAGAUGGGCUCAGCUCUUUGUCGAACGAUUUCGCGUCUUCGAAAUGACCCGAUUUGACAGCGACACCAAUUUUGCUACUAGACUUGCUUAUGGCUAUGUAGCUAUGCUUCUUGAACUCGGAAGGGAGAAUGCACCCGCACUUAUGAUUCCAUUCAGCUUCUUCUAUGAGACUUCGUCAGAAUUGGAGAAGGUAUCACGCUCGGCGGAGGUCAUCAUCAACCAAGAGGUCAAGGACCAACUCUCAUUCGCGCUUUUCGAUCUACUGUCUUUGGUUGCUGAGGUAUCUACCUAUUUUCAUAGGGCCAUCUCGGACUUCACUUCCAGUUCAGUCUCUAUCGACAUUCGUGACACAUUCACUGCUCAAAUCGAGCAAUUCAAAAGUCGUUGUGUGAAAGUCACGUUGGCGGUCGCACGCCAUGUGUUAGUCAAAGAGGGCGUGGACCCAGAGAGAGUUCAUAUCGUUAACAAGAUUCGAUCUUGGCUUGUCCCUAACGAUCCCGUCAUUGCUGCUCUCGCUCAACCAACAUCAUAUUACGUCAAUGUCCGGGAGGAAAUGACUUGCCGAUGGAUAACUCCUUACCUCAAGCAAUGGGAGGGAGACCAGUAUACCCAGAUUCACAUUACUGGUCACCGGGGCUCAGGGAAGAGUAUUUUAUCCUCAGUCAUUUUAGACCACCUGCACGACGCCGUUGAUGCGAACGCUUGCCUGAAUCUGUCGGUCUCCAUCGGCGCCCGGAUCCCGGUUGAGAGGACCAUGUGUUCCAUUGUUCGCUCUAUGCUUUUUCAGAUAUUUGACAGAUCUGUCGCGAAUGUUCCACUCUUGACAACGCUGGGUGAAUCAUUACAGAGCAGCGGGAAGAUAACAGACAACACUGCUUAUGACAAUCUUUUGUGGGACACACUCAAACGGGCGCUGGAAUGCUCUUUGCCCGAUUUCAGCCGAAUCGCCAUUGUUGUGGAUGGUGUUGACGAGGCUUUGUGCGACGAGAGAUAUCUGUUACAGAAGCUCGUCUCUGUACUUCCGGAGGCACGAAACGUAACGCUUAUUACCCUCGGUACACAGAAGCCCCCGGAAGCAGACGGUCGGGCCCUUCUGGAGGUCACCCGCGAUGUGACUUUGGACGAUAUAUCCAAAGUCGUCCGAAGCGGAUUGCGAAAUGUCAGGCGUUUCAGAGAACUGCCUAGAAUCAAGCAGGAGGCCAUCGUCCAAGAUAUUGCCAAAGCCUCUGAAGGCUCUUUUCUGUGGGCCAAGCUUGCCUCAAAGCACCUCAGGAUCCAGGAGAACUCCGAUCAUCUUCGCAAGGCUGUAGACACUUUCGCCACUACCAAACCCAGCAUCGCUGAUAUGGUGUUCAAGAGUCUGGGUGGAGAGGAUGUGAGCAUGGAGGCCAAACAGUUCCUUACAUGGCUAGCUAUUGCUCAGCGUCCCUUACACCUUCGAGAGAUCCAGGCCUUUGCCUCUAUCCAGGUUGACGAAAAAAUAGUUCGUGACACGGGUAUCAUCAAGGCCCUCAAACCUGUCAGCAAUUUGCUUUACUUUAUGGACAAAUUACUAUUCUUUCGGCAUGGUAUGAUCCGAGAUGCAGUGGUAGAUCUAUCGUCCCAAGGCAAGCUAGUCCUUAAUGAUGAUCCGCACGCCGACUUUGUGACUCGGCUCUUCGUCUAUUUGAAAUCUUGCUUUGAGGAAUCGAGUGAGCCCUCUCUCAUGGUUCUCGAUUGGGGCGAAACCAUUUUCCUGCGAAACCAAAAUUCUCUCCUCGAUUACGCUUCUCGAUACUGGCCUCUUCAUCUCAAACAAACGGGUCUCUUCACGCAACAUGGCGCCAUCGGGGCCCUAGAGAAAAUCGCAAACGUCCUCCCCAUGUCGACGACCUUCAUCAGGUUCCUAGAUAUUACCUGGGAGAGGCUACCGACGCCCGAAGCCCUGUCCUACCACGAACUCGUCACUGAACUCUACCGCAAAUCUGCUGGAGACAACGUGGUCAGCCUCCAGUGUAUGAUAUCUUUAGCACUCAAAUACCGCAAGGUAUACCACGAUAAAGCUACCGAACUUAUCUAUGAGACGACUAUGCUGAGCAAGACGUUCUUGACGGAACGACACAUCAUAACGAUCAAACUCGCCGAUAUCUUUUUGGAGCUGUCAGCGGACCAGAUCACGCGCUCCCAUACCGAGAUUAUGAAGAGGAGAGGGGAAUGUCUUGCGCUUCUUUUCGAGGCCUACACGCUGCCCGAUGUAAAUACUUCUGAGAAAGUGGUUGCUGCCAGGAGUGCCUUGGCGGAUCAUUACCGCACUCUGGGCGAGGAGCAAAAGGCUGACGAGGUCAUGGCCUCUGUCCAGAGCUCUACCGGAGACGAUCUGCCAUCUGAGCAGCCACUUUAA